UUUUUUUUUUUUAUCUUUUUCCCUAUAAAAAAAAAAAACUUAUCUUUUUAAAACUCCACCUCUUUUUCCCUUUCUUUUUCCUGUUCUUCUUUAUUAUAUUAUCAUCAUCACUAACAAUGUCUAUAGUCACUUCUUCUCCUUCCAAUGAUGAUAAUACUGGUUUAUUACAACUACUUACUGAAGAUUGGGAUGAUACCAAACGAACUCUGGUGAAUGAUUCAAAAUGGACCAAGGAUUAUUUGACACGGUUGACAUCUUUAUCUCUUGAAGAACUUAUACAAGAACCCUCUCUUUUACGAUCGAAUCAACAACAGUUACAACAAGAAGCACAACAACUAGCAUUCACAGAAUAUCCUUCUUUUUUACAUGCCGAAUCUUGUCGACGAGGAUUUGGCUCGACUUUGGAUGAUGUAGACCAACAUUUGAAUGAAUUAUUAUCAGAAGCAGCGCCAGCUUUGCAGCAAGCUUGUGAAGCUUUUACAAGUCAGGCUAAAGAUAUUGUACAAGAACGCGCCAAAAUGACAAGAGUAUUGGAACAUCAACUUGUACUGAUGGAUUUGAUUGAACUACCACAACUGAUGGAUACAUGUGUAUGGAAUGAAUAUUAUGCUGAAGCCAUGGAUCUAGCUGCCCAUGUACGUCUCCUUCAAGUUAGAUAUCCUUUACCGGUGAUUCGUACCAUACAAGAACAAGUACAACAAUCAUCUGACCUCAUGUUGAUUCAACUCGUGUCUCACUUACGUCAACCUAUCAAACUUGCCGCUGCUAUGAAUGUGAUUGGCUAUCUACGACGUAUGGAUGCUUUCAACUCGGAAAAUGAACUACGUGUGGUAUUUUUACGGUGUCGUCAUAGUUACUUGGAACAACGUUUGGAAAGAAUCAAAAAGCCAUUAGCAGAUAAUCCUACUACUAUUGUCUCUUUAUCAUCACCUACAACAACAACAACAACAACAACAACAAGAACCACCUCAACUAAUAGUCAGGAAACGUUUGAUUAUUUGAAACGUUAUGUGGAUGUGAUGCGCGAACAGAUGUUUGAAAUGGCCACUCAAUAUAUGUCUGUGUUCUCCAGCAAAGAAAAUGAUACACUUUUUGUUGAUUAUAUGACUCAUCUUGUUACACGAAUGGAACACACAUUAAAGGAGCAUCUUGGUUAUAUCGACGAUACUUCGGCGCUGGCGUCGUUACUGACUCAAUUACAAUACUGUGGAAUGUCUUUGGGUCGUGUUGGAUUGGAUUUUCGACAAUUAUUUGUGGGUUUAUUUGAAAAAGCGAUGCAACCUUUGGUAUUACGAUUGACGGAUCAAGCCACAACUUUACUAUCAACUGACACUUUACAAGCAUCUACUGAAGAUCAAGUCCUUCCUAGUACUUGGCUCAAUACAAAUCAUGGUGAUGACCGCAGUUCAAUGGAAAAGGAUAAUCACUCUCGACAGCAACAUCCUUAUCAACCUCCUCUUUUACUUGUCGAUUAUCCUUGUCUUGCUAUUUUCACCAAUGGGAUUUUGACUGCCUUGAACGCUCUACGUCUUUUACCAGCUAUUGGAUCAUUUUCUAUCAUGACACAACAUUUAGAUGCUUGUUUAUUGGAAGUUGCUGGUGCUUUGAAACAGUAUGCUGAUCAAGUCACUGCUCAAGCUGGACAUGAAGAAAUCACUUUUGUGGAAAUGUUUACUGCUGCCUAUGUUCGUUGCUGUGUACCAUUCUUACAGCGUUGCCUGAUUGAAGGGAUUUAUGGUCGCUCCGUAGAAGACAUGAACACUGCUACACAAGACAUUCAACGACUAUUACACAACUAUCUUGUCACAACAACUGAGGAUAAGAACAACGACCGUGGUGAUGAUGAUGAUGAUGAUGUAAAAAGGAAUGGCGAUGACACCAAUAAAGAUGAACAACAACAACAUACGAACAACAAUGAUGAUCUAUUGACAGACACAGCGAAAUUCCAAAAUGAAGACAACCAAGCACUUGAUGAUGGGGAAACAAAUGCGGAAAGUAAGGGAGAAAACGCCGAACAAAAUGAUCACAACGACAAUGAACAACCAUUAGAAAACGCGGAUUCUUCUUCACUAGUUGAAGAUCAACAACAAGAAUUACCGAGCGACAAUGGAAUGGCAUCACAAGAGCGAUAUAAACAAGAUCGUAAUGAUGAUAGCAAGAAGGAGGACAUCGGUACCAUGGAUGAUCAAAUGAAACCACAACUUUGUAGCAUCGAUGAUGCUUUCAAAAAGGAUGACAACCAUGAAUCUAAGGACACACAACCGGUACUAGACGAUUCUAUCGAGGAUGAGCCAAGCAAUGAUACACCAUCAAUACAAUGACUGGCAUUCUGGAUCUCAAGACAAAACCUGUAUAUAAUAUUAGAUUACCCCUCUCCCCAUUUUUAGUUUAGUCUUUAUCUUAUUAGAUCUGAUUUAGAAAUAAUAAAAAGAAAAAAAG